UGCAUAGCCGUCAACAUGUCCAGUCAAUUACUACUUCCACCUCAUGGCAGCCCUUGAAGGCAUUGCAAAGCCCUCGUCCCCCGCCAUCACGCAACACGGUCCCCAAACAUGGGCCCUAACGUCUUUCCUCAUCCCAACCCCCAGUUCGCCCGUUUUCCCAGCCGACGCUCAGUCGUGCACAGCACCAAGGGCAUCGUAUCAUGCACGCAACCCCUGGCGACUGCCGCCGGACUCGAGGUCCUUCGUAAGGGCGGAAACGCGGCGGAUGCUGCAGUGGCUGUAGCAGCAGCCAUCAAUGUCACAGAACCCAGUUCAACAGGCAUCGGCGGUGACAUGUUCUGUCUGUUCUACGAUGCCAAGACAAAGAAAGUACAUGCCAUGAACGGGUCUGGUCGAUCGGGCAAGAAUGUGACGCUAGAGCAAAUCCGAAAAGACCUCAAGCUAGCCGACGGAGAGACUGGCCAGAUACCCAUGGACAGUGUGCACGCCGUCACGGUGCCUGGUGCUGCAGCCGGCUGGAUAGACUGCGUCGAGCGAUUCGGGAGCAACAAAGUGAGCAUGAAGGACGUGCUUGCGCCUGCCAUUGAGCUCGCCGAGAAUGGCUUCCCGGUCUCCGAGCUGACCGCGACCUUUUGGGCAAAUGGCGAGCCACUAAUAAGGCGGGCAUCUCCGAACGGUGCGGAGAUGCUCAAGAAAGAUUCUUCCGCAAAGGACGGCUGCAGAGCACCACGGGCAGGAGAGAUCAUGAAGAAUCCAACCAUCGCAAACACAUUCCGGCUUCUCGCCAAGCAUGGCAAGAAAGGCUUCUACGAGGGAGAAGUAGCCGAGCAGCUAAUCAAGGUCGUCUCUGAUUUGGGGGGCCAUUUGACCUUAGAUGAUUUAAGGCACCACGCUGAAACUGGCUCCGAACCUGUCGACGCAAUAUCUCUGCAGUACACUGGUCAGAGUGUUGGUGAGCAGACCGGUGGCGGAAUCGAACUCUGGGAACAUCCGCCCAAUGGACAGGGUAUCGUGGCACUCAUGGCCCUCGGUAUCAUCCAGGAGCUGGAGAAACAGGGGGAAAUACCAAAAUGGGGCCUAAAGGACCACAACAGCACUGCGCAUCUCCAUGCGGUCAUCGAAGCACUACGUAUCGCCUUUGCCGACGCCCACUGGUUCGUCACUGAUCCGAACGUUGUCAAAAUACCUUCGGCCGACCUCAUCUCACAGAAAUACCUUGCCGAGCGUGCAAAGCUCUUUAAUCCGGAUAAGGCUAUAUCAGCUCCCUUACACGGUUCCCCCGCUCACCUCCAGAGCGACACGGUGUACUUCUGCUGCUCGGAUUCUGAGGGCAACGCAAUUUCCUUCAUCAACAGCAACUAUGGCGGCUUCGGCACAGCCAUCAUCCCCAAAGGAUGUGGCUUCACCCUGCAGAACCGAGGCGCGAACUUUAACUUGAUGAAAGGACACCCGAACGUGCUAGCACCUAGGAAAAGGCCGUAUCACACCAUCAUCCCAGGCCUAAUCACGUACGCGAAAGACCAGAGCCUCCACAGCGUAUACGGCGUCAUGGGCGGCUUUAUGCAGCCCCAAGGUCAUGUCCAAGUUCUCCUUAACCAGGAGGUUUUUAAGCUGGACCCCCAAGCUGCUCUUGACUCGCCGCGCAUCUGCAUUGGAGCAGGAAUGCCCGACUCUGAUGGGCGCAUGACAGACGCGACAAUUUACCUCGAGGAAGGUAUCGAUCAGCAGGUUGUAAAUGAACUGAAGGACAUGGGUCAUAGCGUCCAGCAGCUGGGCGGGUUUGGAAGAGCUAUGUUUGGCCGCGGGCAGAUCAUUAGGCAGCAUUUCGACGAUGGAAUUAUGGUCUGGAGCGGUGGUAGUGACUUGAGAGGUGAUGGUGCUGCAGUUCCGCUCUAGCCGAUGCUGUCGACAGACCUUUUCAUGGUGGGAGCGGGAGCCAGCGGUUUACACAGAUUUCAAUCCUGGGGAUUCCAGAACUUGAACGGAUUGCUUAUAACAGGAACGUAGACACUCUUCAUCAACAUUUAACCUUGGCCUGCUUUACGUAAACAUGUAGGACGCAUACCAGCCCGAUAUCUGCCG